AUGACGACGGGUGUGACGUUGCAGAUGUGUGGCACUGUUCUCGAGGAGCUGCUCAGCGAGGGCUGGCCGGUUGCCGCAAAGCAGCUGGACCAGUUCUUCUGCGGCAUGCCACCGGCGCACUAUUUCGUCGAGCUGAGAAAGCGCCUUCUGGAUGGUCCACUGGUUGUACAGAUGACCAAGGCACGCAAUGUUUCACAUCCGAAGCAUGGCGAAAAGGCGGUUUCGGAUGGACUGGUUAAGGUACAGCUGGGCGAUGGCUAUGCGACAAUUCAAGCAAUCCUUACGGAGCCGAUUCCACUGCUUAAUGGUGAAACAGCGCCGGGCACAAAGUGUCGUUUGGUUGGACGUAUUCCGCUCGAGAAUGGAAUGCUGGUUGUUAACCGAAGCAACUUCGAAGUGCUUGGCGGCUUCGUCCUUCCUAUGGUUGAGAAGUGGAAACUAGAGAAGAGCUGGCAUCAGAAGGCCAUACGUUCACCCGGUGAGGACGAUGCUCCAAAAUGGAUCCAGUUUUCGAACCAGAAACCGUCGGAGUCUAUGGUUCCGGAAAAUGACACAGUUUCGAUGUCACAGACGGAUGAUAUUACCACCGCAAUAGCGAAAAUAGCUGUGGACGAACAGGGCAGCGAGUGCGAUACCGCAGAAAAAAUUCAGAUUGAGCCGGUUGCUGAAGCCAAUUCUGCGGGCAAAUUUGCUUCCGGCCAAAAAGUUAUUUUUACCGCCGAGUUACAGCAAGUGGAACCGAAAUUCCGGGCAUCUGAACUGAAUAUGAAGACAGUUGACAACGGACCACCCAUUCCAUACAGACGAGCAGCAGGGGAAAAGACGAAGUUUACGGCGGAAUCAAGCAGGAACAGAUAUUUCGGCCGAGAAGACAGAAGAAAUUUGUUGGAAGUGCAUCGACCGUCGAAUCCUCCGACCCUUUUCGAUUUCGUUCAGACGAAAAUAUCCCUCGCAGAUGAGACCAAAGAGCAUGCUCAUACGUCAGUCAAGGCACCAAAGAUGGGACCGGGCGAGCGAGCUUUUGAACAGCGUGGGCCAAGAAGACAUCGAGGAGGCGCGAAUAAAGGUAUGGCAUACGGACCACGUGAGCAACAGGGAUUCUUCAAUGGACCACGCGUCUUCGAAAGCGCAAAUGGGAACCGAAAUCGGCGGCAGUACGGUUUCCGCGGAGGGCAAAGAAGGGAGAUUCCAAUGAACGAUUUUGAAAUUAUACCGGAACAAGAUAUGCAGCGCUACGCUUACGAGUACCCGCCAAUCGGAGCUACCAGUCAAGAGCCGGUCGAGUUCAUCCCUCACGCUGAGCCGUACGAUCCUGCUGAGUUUUACACUGCACCGCCAUCUUUUCCGCUGCCGCCGCCACCACCGCCACAGCCGGACAUAGUUUAUUAUCCCCGGGAUUAUGUUGUUGAAGACAAUCCAGGAAUGAUGCCGCCCCAGCCACCCUAUUAUGCGGUCGCUGAAGUACCGGUUUGGAAAAUUGGAGACAAGUGUUUUGCUCCCUGGAGGAAUCGAGCGGUCCGUUUUUAUCCGGCAACAAUAGUGUCGAUGGGCCCGGUUGAUAUGUGUACUGUGGAGUAUGAAUAUUACGGCAAUCAGGGCACCGUCCCGGUCGGGUCACUUCUGCCGUACGAUCGCUUUUAUGCCAAUUACGCCUAUCAUUAA